CAAGAUCAAGAUGCCAUCCUUCACAGCCAUCAACGGAACGAUGAUGGCAGUGGCUGCCAUUUUGUUUUUGGCAGCAGCUGGUGGCGUCACAACUUGUGUUGUAAUGGGCUCUACAACGGGAACAGUGCCAGUUGGACGUCGAGCACCCAUUCUUGCGAAAGGCAAGGCAGCCCCGAAAGGACAAUCAUCCAGGCGUCGUGGUUCUUUCUUGCUGCCGCGACCAGCGCCAGACCAGUUUGAGCAUGAGCACCCGACCCCCGGGGCUGCAGGAGCCUCGUGGUCCGCCGUUGUCUCGGAGCCUCCGGAGCACAGACAGAUGACCACCAGCACCGGAACUACUGUCGGAGCACAGGACGGGACAGUGCACAGACCAAUGACUACCAGCACCGAAGCCGGAGCACAGGAGACGGAUGGCACUAGAAGAGGUAGUACCAGCAGCACCGGAGCCGCCCCCCAGACACCAGCUGCACAGACACAGCACGACUGCGACCUCGGCGAGUCUUCGCAAGCGACGCUACUAGGCGAGCAGCGCAACCAAGCCUUCGCAAGCCUGAACGACUCUGCGCGGAGGAGAAGGCUGCGUCAGCGAGCUUUGCAACGCGAAAGAAGAAGAAGACGGCAAGAACAGCGCGCAGAGCUGCAGCUGAGCCGUCUGGCGCAGGAUAGUGGUGCUUUAGCGGCUUUGCGCGAUCGCUCGUCUGCGGAGGUUUAUCUUCCCGGAGGCGCUAGUACCUCCACCGAAGCCGUUGUCCCCGAAGCACAGAGGACACACGACGACCCCGGGCACGGGCUGCAGGAGGAGCCUCAGCGAGCUUCGCAAGCGGAAGGACUUCUAAAAGAAUGGUCAGAACUACUGCACCACCAGCAAGGCAACGACUCUCUGCAAGAACUGGCGAUCGGAGCAGCCGUCCGAACCGUUCCAAGAUUCGAAGAGCAGCAAGAAGUUGCAUUCGGAGAAGCCCUCCGAACCGUUCAACGGUUCGAAGAGCAGCGCUUUUUGGCGCCGGAUUAUAGUAAUUAUGUCUCGGGCUUGCGCGAUCCCGUUGCCGUUCCCGAUCGCUCGUCCCCCGCGGCUUCCGGCACCGGCGACUGUCGGAAAGCUUUGCAAGAACUUCUACAUGGAGCAGAGGCACGUCUGCAGCGGGCUGAAGCUGCCGGAGCACAGCUGGCACACGACUGGCAGAACGCUUCGCAAGAACUUCGACACGUAUCUGAGGCAUGUCUGCAGCAGGCUCAACGUCUGCAGCGAAAUCUACUCGACCAAGAGCUGGAGAAAAUACCCGGGCGCGAACCGUCCCCGGAGCUGGAGGCUGCGAUACAAACCCUGGGCUGCUUGCGCGACCGCAUCGAGAGAACUGGUCCGCGGAGCGUCUGGGAGGUUGACAUGCUCCGCGGCGUUUUACAGGUCUUCCUAGAGCAAGAAGACCGCGCGCAGAGUCGUCGACGUGUGGGGCAGGUCGCGGCGAACUCUUCGAGACGCAGAAGUCUUCGACGUGUGGGGCAGCUCCCGGCCGAAGAAGCUGCUAGCUGUAGUACCGCGGCCGCAGUAGGCCUUAAGGACCAGCAACAACGAGAGCAACUUUUGCAGUCUGUCGGGGGGCAUAAAAAUACUGAUACUGCUACCGCGGGAUUUUUACACCAACAACGACAAGAACCUCGUCAGGAAUUAUUAUUGCGGCCAUCACACUCCUGCUUGUUUUCGUUGCCAGAGGAGGACGAGGAAGUCGAUCUCGAUGCCGAUGGUAUUGAAGAAGACGAGCCUUCUUAUUACAGGAAGUGCGUUACCAUUACCUUUCCCUCUGAUAAUGAAGACGGCGAGUUUUUCGAUGAAGACUGCCUGACCGUCCCGACUCCGGCCUUCGUUCGUCACCAGGUCCAAGAACAGCACCAGCCGCGCGAUCAGACGAGUUCGCCCCCUUCCUGUCUACCCGAAGAUCUGGAGGUUUCCGCAAGGACGAUGCCCUGCACGCCGGCGACGAUCCGGACUCCUCCGCCGCAGUGCCAGGAGGAUGUUCUGUCCCGUGAAGCUGAGGUCGGCACCAUGAUGGAUAAUGUUGAUGAAGCGCUGG